AUACAUGCCCAUGGCACUUUCAUGACCACUCCAUAAGUGAUGCAGAGGCCAUCAGAGAAUUUCGUCUAUCGUCUUGUUCUUUUGAUAAGCAAAAAAGCUUUAUCGGUGGCAAUUUUGUCAGUGAACUAAGUCAACCAAGUAAAACCGGGAGGAAGACACUUCGUUGCCAAGCAAGAAGACGUUUCGCUCUGAAUUUUUAACCGCUGGUCAAGACAGAAACUUUUUGACUACGAAGAAACCGGAAUAUUCUGCUGUCUCACACCUUUUCAUUUUGUGCAGUUAAUUGUAUCACAGAAACGAUGAAUAACUCCAUCGGAAGACGAGUGCUGCCCUUGAAAAGUUUGGCCUUUAAUUUAUUGACUACACCAAACAAAGAAACUGGUUUAAGCUGCCUACAAUCAGCGUGCAUUGAAGGAGACGUCGAGACUGUCAGCGCAAUCUUAAACUAUAGUCCGGACAAACUUGACAGUGCCAUAGCUUUUAGUUUGAAGAUUGGACGCAACGCAACCCAUUUUGCUGGCAAAUCUAUUUACACUGUCUUGCGUCAGCAAGAUUCUAAAGAGCAUAAGCAGAUCAGCGGAUUCGUUGAAAAAGUUACAAAGCAUUUCCAGUCCCAGUCCCUUCUACAUUUGGCCGCAAAGAAGGGUCAGGUCGAGCAUCUUCGCAGGUUACUAGAAUGUGGUGAGCAUGUUGAUUCAAUGUCGCCUGACCUCUGUGCGGAUAGAGAGACACCCCUGAUGUUGGCAGCCGGUUUUAAUGAGGUAGACGUUGUUGAGUUUCUUGUUGAAAAAGGUGCUUCGCUAGAGAUGCAAGAUGCUGAGGGAUGUAGUGCACUACACCAUGCUGCGAUGAGUGGCAAAAUUGGCAAUAUACUACGCUUAUUAGAGUUUGGAGCCAAUGUUUUAAGAGGAAAUUACGACCAAAUAACAGCCAUUCAUAUGGCUGCUGAAAAGGGUCACAUAGAGGCUGUCAGCCUUCUUCUAGAGCAUGGUGCAGAUGCUAAGAAAGCUAACUACUAUGGAAUGACUCCGCUGAUGUCAGCUGCGCAAAAGGGCCACUUACAAAUUAUCCAGUUGCUGCUAAAGAAUGGUGGAAGUUUAACCCUAGGCGACGAAGAAGGUCGGUUACCUUUACAUUUUGCUGCUGAAGAAGACCAAACAGAUGUAGUCAAAUUUAUUCUUGAAAAAAAUGGGAGUGUGUUGACAAAGACUUCUAACGGGGACACAGUCCUCCACUUGGCCACUCGUCUUGAGUUAGUCCAGUAUCUUGUUGAGCAAGGAGCUGACGUUCCUGCAAGGAACUCCUACGGUAGAACACCGUUACAUGCCGCUGCCAGCAAGGGUCAAUCUGAUACAAUCGUCUAUCUUUUAGAUCAAGGUGCUGAUGUGAACGCACGAGACGAAUCUGGUUGCUCAGCAUUGUUCUUUGCUGUUCAUGGACGUUAUGCUGAUGCCGCUAAGGUUUUGAUUGAAAGAGAAUGCGAUUUGAAGCUAAUAAACAGGGCCGGUCCUUUUCUUAACGAAAAUCUGUUCGAAAUAGCUGCCGCACAAGGGCUGACGAAUAUUUUGAGACAUCUUAUUGACAAAGGUCUUUCCAAGACCGUUGAUGACGUCAACAGAUAUGGCGAAACGCCUCUGAUGCAAGCGGCAAGAGGCGGACAUUGUGAUACGGUCGCUUUUCUUUUAGAGCAAGGAGCUAACGUCAAUGGGAGCAAAGGCUCAAAAACACAUAGUUUAGAAGAUAAUUGUGUUCAUCACAGCCACAGCGACGGAGAAGACAGUGAGGAAGACGAUGAUGAAUUUACAAGGUACCACUUUGGAAGCCAAGAAAUCUCUCCCUUGUAUUACGCCUUGGAAGCGGGUCAUACUGAAGUGGCUAAACUCCUAAUAGAACGAGGAGCUGAUACUUCGAACUCGGAAAGUGAAGACAACCCUCUUGCAGAGCUUGCAGCUAGGCAUUGUUCCCUUGAUAUUCUUCAACUGCUUCCCGAUCAGAAAAACGUCAAUUUAGACAAUUUGGAGAAUGGCGAAACUUUGUUGACCUCAGCAACUUACCGUGAGGACUUCGACUCCAUUCCAGCUCUUUUAGAGAAGGGUGUGGAUAUAAAUGCAAGGAAUAGGUCAGGCGACACAGCUCUUUCCUGUCUUCUCCAGUUCGCACCACGCCCUCGUGCAAUGGAACUCGCCAAGCUCCUUAUUUCAUAUGGUGCUGAUAUCGAUAUGAGGAACGACCGAGGUGAAACUCCUCUUCAAAUAGCGUGUUCCACAAACUUCGACAAAGUAGCUGAGCUUCUUCUUGAACUGGGUUGUGAACCGAACGUUAAGAAUGAUUAUUCUUAUUCUCCUCUUCACCAUGCUGCACAAAACAACAAUGGAAAACUUGUUGAGAUGUUACUUCAGUGCGGUGCUGAUAUCAAGAUUAAAACUAAAGACGAGCAGACACCCUUGCAUAUAGCUGCAAAUUCAGAUGGGCUCCACGCAGCCCAAGUGCUUUUGGAACACGGUGCUGAGUUGGAAGCCAUGGACUCGUCAGGUCAUACACCUCUUGCUGCGGCAGCAGCUUGUGCUAACUUGCGUAUGGUCCAACUGUUGAUGAAACAUGGAAGCAGUGUUCAUGGGAAGGACAAUUCGGGAAAGACUCCUCUGUUACUUGCUGUAGAACGUUUGCGCUAUGGGGACCAAGAGACGGAUAAAAUCACCCUUAUCAAGACAUUGUUGGAUCAUGGAAGCCUUGUGAACGCCAUUGAUGAGUUUGGCAGGUCUCCUCUUCAUUAUGUUUAUCAUGCCCCAAGGGAAUGCUGUGAUCUCCUCUUACAAUAUGGAGGUGAUGUCAAUUUACCAGACAUGAACAAAGAGACGCCUUUACAUUUUGUAGCAAUGGAUGGAGACACAAGCUGCAUCGAGUGGCUUCUUCAGCAAGGUGCCAACGUGGAGGCCUCGGACAAGGAAAGUCGCACCCCUCUCCACGCAGCCGCAUACGGGGGCAACAACAGUUCUCUUGAGUUGCUGAUUCAACAUGGUGCCGAUGUUCAGUUAGCUGACAAAAUGGGCUGGCUUCCUCUGCACUUUGCUGCUUCCGGAGGACAUUUUGGUGCUGCCGAAGUUUUGUUCCAACAUGGAAGUGAUCUUGGAGCUGGUGACGACAAAGGGAGGACUGUCCUUUAUCUGGCAGUUAAAAGCGGUUGCCGAGAGCUGAUUGAAUUUCUUAUCAACCAUGGGAGUGACGUUAACACAAAAGAUCUAAGUGGACGUACAAUUCUUGAAGCAAUAGAUGAUUGUAAUUUGUGGAGCUUGGAAUGGAACGUUCUGGAAACGUACCUUGAGAAUGGAGGUGACAAGAGGGUUGUGGAUGAGAUAACUGGUCGGACCACUCUUCACUAUGCUGCAGUGUCCAAAAGUGUCGCUACUAUUGACAAUCUGAUAAACGACGGAUUGGCCCUUGAACCAAGGGACAAAAAUGGGGACACUCCUCUACACCGAGCGGCAGCAAGGGGAACUCCAGAAAUGAUACAGCAACUUGUUGAUAGAGGAGCGGACUUAACUGCUGUCAAUAACAGAGGACAGACGCCAUUUCUAGUGAGUCUUUCUACAAACAACAAGGAAGGAGCAAAGAUUCUACUGAAACAUGGAAGCAACGUGCAGGUGGCAGAUAAAAAUGGCAACACAGCUCUUCAUUCUGCUGUAUUCUUGCCAAGUCUUGCGAAGCUGAUAGUAAAGAAUGAUGGAGAUGUUAAUGCAACGAAUGUAGCCGGUUGCACUCCUCUUCACCGGGCUGCGUACUAUACCUAUUCAAACGUUGUUUUUAGGAUUUUGUUGAAGGCAGGAGCAGAUGUUCAUUGCCGAGAUAAGCAUGGAAAUACACCCCUCCACAUAGCUAUUACAAGAGCUAGAGAAGACGUUGCCAGAACGCUCAUUGAAAACGGAAGUGAUGUCCUCGCUGCUAAUAUACAGGGAAGAACUUGCCUGCAUAUGACGACUUGUUUUGGCGCCUAUGGUUUAGUGGCAAAACUAAUUCAACUCGGGGUGCAAGUAAAUGCUGUUGAUGAGCUGGGUUGUACCCCUCUUCAUCUUGGUGUGCAAGCAAAUGACACGAUGGUGAUAAGAGCUCUGUUGAAGCAUGGCAGCAAUUCCGAGGCUGAGGAUUAUAAAGGAAGUACAGCUCUCCAUGUAGGCUGCUGUUCGGGAAGCAAAGACGCUGUGUCAGUUUUGAUUGAUCACGGAAGUAAUCUCGAGGCUCAAGACGAAAAAGGAUGCACUCCGCUUCACAUCUGCGCAGUUUUUGAUGAGAAACGUACUGCUCGUGUACUUGUUGAACGAGGAGCAAAUUUGGAGGCUAGAGACAACGAAGAAAGUACUCCUCUCCAUCUGGCUUCGGCCUUCAGUGAUGUGGAAAUGGCUAGUCUGUUUCUUGAACACGGAGCGAGUGUCAAGUCCAGAGAUUCUGAAGGCAGUAUUGCCCUCCAUACAGCUGCUGCAUUUGGCAAGACAGAAAUCGUGCGGUUGUUAAUUGAUGCAGGCAGUGAUUGCAAUGCCGUUGAUGGUAUUGGAAACACACCGCUGCACGUGUCCGCGGGCUCUGGUCAUGUGGAAGUAGUUCGUCUGUUGAUUGACAAAGGAGCAGACAUGUACGCAGUCAACAAGGAAGGGUUUACUCCUUCUAGAUGUGCUAAAUUGUUUGGUCACAAGGAAGUGGAGCAGUGUAUUGAGGAAAGACACUGCUCUGAAUGAAAGCCGUGACAAUGAUCUUAACGUGAAUGGAUACGUGCACAUGUAAGACUUUCCUUCAUUUGACAUUUUAACCAGCUCAUGAACAGCUUGUGCUAGUCAUUGAAAUUGAGAAAAUCGUGGUAUUUAUACAAUGAUAUCUUCUGUAGUAACCGUUCUAGAAGAUGACAUACUAAGUAACAUCCUAGAUUGAUAACUUUUAUAUAUAAUGUUAUACGUUUUGGCCAGUGCCAGAAAAUAUAUCUAAUUUGCAAUAGCCGCGAUGAUCAUUUUCACAUUGGAAAUCAGGCAUAUGGUUUAGAGAAGGCAGCAUGUUUAAGAAAUCAAUUUCUGAAGUUUCAGCUCCUCUAGAAUCAUAAUUGCAUGUGUGUGGCAUGAUAGAUGAAAUUUACUUUAAAAUGAUUUAAUUUAACAACAGAAUCCGUUUUCUAUUUACCCAAUUAAAUCACAUGACUUAACUGUGUCAGGGCAAGAGCCUUCAUGAAUAAGGUCUUCUCUUUUUGUGCGUUCUUAAUGGCGAGAUAUUCGUUGGUGGUAAAUGUAAAAUAGAUUUAAUAUUGCUGUGGUGUUUUGUGUGUUAAACUAUUUAGCCGCGUCUGCUAGUUACCAAAAUUUGAAAACUUUGAGACUUUGCGUUUGAUUGAAAUUGAUGAAUAAACACCACAGAAAAAAACUGCUCAAUAGCUUUGACCUGAACAAUCGCACACUGUGGUUUCUUCCACAGGCUUAAAGUUAGUACUGCUUUUAAAUAGCCUUCUUGUGAUCGGCCGCAAUGACAUUUUACAUAUGUCAUGUAAUAGGUCACAGAUUACGCUUGGCACUGCCUUUGAAUAUAGUUGGGAUAGUCUUAAAGACAGUCUAAGCAAGAAAUCAUAUAGAUUGUAAUGUGGUCAAAAGUAACUGGUCUUAUCGCAGUCUUAUUAUUAUUAUUUUGUUAAUUUUAGAUAUUUUAGAGGACGCGUAAGACAUUUGUAUUUGGUAUACUACUCUAUACAGGGGAAAAAAAUUGACGGAGCUAUACAAUAAAGAUUUUUGCUUUACCGUG